AAGAGAAGCGGUGGUGGUGGUGGGAGAGUAUUUAAGAUGAAAGGAGGGGAGAGGUCAUGGUGCGCGCACAAAUGGACAAAUGGACAAAUGAAGAGGAGCGCGAGCCAUUAGGAGGCCUUUGACGUCAAGGCCAAGACUUUAAGUUUAUAAUAUUAUGUAAGCUCCCUUCCUUAAUCCCAUGCCCGGCUACCCAACUGCCCGCCACGCCAAAUUCAGCAUGCCAUGAUAUUACGAUACUGGCCACAACACCCCUAAAUAAAUUCCCUAGUUGUAACUUUUCUCCCUCCCACCCAAAGCUCAAUACCAAUGUCUGGGAUCCUUGACGAAGAAGAGCUGAUCAAAACCCGACCCCUCCUUUUUGAACAACGCCCCUACAAUCGUAUUCUAAAGCGCUGCACUCCACUGCUGAAACCAGAGCAAUUACCAACAACCUCCGAAGGACUCAACACCUAUGGUGAGGAGCUUGAACUCGACUUCAAAGCCUUCGAAGGCGUAAUCGCCCGAAUCCAGCUCCUCCGCGAGACAAACAAACGAGAAGUAGAACGUUACGAGAAGGAAAAAGGCGACAUCCUCGAGACCGCCACGGUAGCUCGCGAAACCCUCGUCACGCUCAGACAAACGCUCCAACUCUCGCAGCGCGAAAAGGAGAAUAAACUCAUCUACGACGCAAUAGCUAGUGAUAUCCUAUCGAAAAACACACUAAAAUCCCGAGACGAGCAGAACGUCAACAUUGAGCGGCUAAACAAAGAGAUUGCAGACCUGGAGGCGGAGCGCGACGAGUACAGGCAAGUAUGGAACGCCCGUCGCGAUCAAUUCGGUCAGAUUGUGGAUCAGCUGCAGAAGAUGUGGGCGCAGAUUAAAGAGGAUAAGGACGAGCAAGAUCGCAGGGAAGGCAUGUCGGAAGAGGAGGAAGGCGAAGAAGUCGAAGUCCCGGCUAUUUCUAGACAAUUCUCCGAAUCGAACACUCCUUUCAACAUCUCUACGCCCAAACUCAGCGCCAGCCAUGUCGCAACUCCAAACGGCGGGAAGGGGGCUGUGGCGCUGCCAGACGCUCCGAACAUUCUAGACUCGGAAAAGAUGGACUUGACCUAGACAUAAUAUAUACCCCCACCUAUUUAUUCUGCGAAAAA